UUGAUUUUUCUUCACUCAAUGACUUUUCUGGAGAAUGCAAAAAAUGCCGCUGCUGCUGCUGCCGUAAAGGAUUGUGUUACGAAAAAUGUUAGAAUUAUAGGCAUUGGAAGUGGUUCUACUGUUGUUUAUGUAGUGAAAAAUUUAGCUAUCAAAGUGAAAGAGGAGAAUCUAGACCUAGUUUUCAUCCCUUCUUCUUUUCAGUCCCAACAAGUACUCCUUGAAAGUGGGUUGAAAUUAAGUACUUUAACCGAGACACCAAUCCUUGACAUUGUUUUUGACGGCGCUGACGAAAUUGAUUGCCACCUUGAUUGCAUUAAAGGAGGAGGAGGCUGCCUCACCCUUGAAAAAAUUAAUGCCUCUUGUUCAAAAAAACUGGUAAUAAUAGCCGACCAUAGUAAGCUCUCAUCUGUUCUCGGAGAAAAAUGGAAAAAGGGAAUUCCACUCGAGAUUAUCCCAGUGGCUUACAUCCCGAUUUUAGCCAAGCUCAAAGAACUCGGAGGAAAGCCAGAACUUAGAAUGGCCGUUGCCAAAGCGGGCCCCGUGGUUACUGAUAAUGGCAAUUUUAUUGUUGAUGUAGACUUCGGGUUGAUACAUAAUCCACAAGCGUUAAAUCAAAAGUUAAUUAACAUACCCGGAGUGGUGGAAACUGGACUAUUUUUGGGUAUGGCUAAAAAGGCUUAUAUAGGAUUGAUAGACGGGACUGGGCCUAUAAGGCCUGUGGCUCCAAAGCAAGAAGUCAUAGAGGAUUGUGUAGAGGGAUUAAAAAAAAAAGUUCUCGGCUUACCUAUAGAGGGGUCUACGAAGGCAAGUCAAGAGCAGCGGAACCCACCGUUGAGCAUUUUAAGGGCGUCCUUUGAGGGCUUCAAAGCCCUUCUCCGCUAA